CGCCGCGAUGCACCUGAAGAAGUACCUGCGGAAGUGCCUGCACCGGCUGCAGAAGGGCCCGGGCUACACGUACAAGGAGCUGCUGGUGUGGUACUGCAACAACACCAACACCCACGGCCCCAAGCGCAUCAUCUGCGAGGGGCCCAAGAAAAAGGCCAUGUGGUUCCUGAUCACGCUGCUCUUCACCUCCCUGGUCUGCUGGCAGUGGGGCGUCUUCAUCAGGACCUACCUGAGCUGGGAGGUCAGCGUGUCCCUCUCCAUCGGCUUCAAGACCAUGGACUUCCCCGCCGUCACCAUCUGCAAUGCCAGCCCCUUCCAGUAUUCCAAAGUCAAGCAUUUGCUGAAGGAUCUGGAUGAGCUCAUGGAAGCGGUCCUGGAGAGGAUCCUGGCUCCCGAGCAGAGCUACACCAACGCCACUAGGACUCUGAACGUCACCAUCUGGAACGACACGCCGCUGGUUCUGAUCGACGAGCGGGACCCCCACCGCCCGGUGGUCCUUGACCUCUUUGGGGAUGUCCACCAUGGCUCAGCAAGCAGCAGCCCAGCGCCAGAAAGGACCUGCACUGCCCAGGGGUGCAAAGUGGCCAUGAGACUAUGCAGCCUCAACGGGACCGUGUGCACUUUCCGGAACUUCACCAGCGCCACCCAGGCCGUGACGGAGUGGUACCUCCUGCAGGCCACCAACAUCUUCUCGCACGUGCCCAGGCAUGAGCUGGUGGAGAUGGGCUACCCCGCCGAGCGGCUGAUCCUGGCCUGCCUGUUCGGGCCCGAGCCCUGCAACUACAGGAACUUUACAUCCAUCUUCCACCCGGAUUAUGGCAACUGCUACAUCUUCAACUGGGGCAUGACAGAGAAGGCACUCCCUUCGGCCAACCCCGGAGCUGAGUUUGGCCUGAAGCUGAUCCUGGACAUAGGCCAGGAGGACUACGUGCCCUUCCUCACGUCCACGGCCGGUGCCCGCCUGCUGCUUCAUGGGCAGAGGUCCUACCCCUUCAUCAAAGACGAGGGCAUCUACGCCAUGUCAGGGACAGAGACAUCCAUCGGGGUGCUGGUGGACAAGCUGGAGCGCAAGGGGGAGCCCUACAGCCAGUGCACCAUGAACGGCUCUGACGUCCCUGUACGGAACCUCUACAGCGACUACAACACGACCUACUCUAUCCAGGCCUGUAUUCGCUCCUGCUUCCAAGAGCACAUGAUCCAGAAUUGCAGCUGUGCCCACUUCCUGUACCCACUGCCCCACGGGGAGAGAUACUGCAACAACCGCGAGUUCCCAGACUGGGCCUAUUGUUACUCACACCUGCGCAUGAGUGUGGCCCAGAGGGAAACCUGCAUCAACAUGUGCAAGGAGUCCUGCAAUGACACCCAGUACAAGAUGACCAUCUCCAUGGCCGACUGGCCUUCUGAGGCGUCUGAGGAUUGGAUUUUCCACGUCCUGUCUCAGGAGCGGGACCAAAGCACCAAUAUCACUUUGAGCAGGAAGGGAGUUGUCAAGCUCAACAUCUACUUCCAAGAAUUCAACUAUCGCACCAUUGAGGAGUCAGCAGCCAAUAACAUUGUUUGGCUGCUCUCAAACCUGGGCGGCCAGUUUGGCUUCUGGAUGGGGGGCUCGGUGCUGUGCCUCAUCGAAUUCGGAGAGAUCCUCAUCGACUUUGUGUGGAUCACUGUCAUCAAGCUGGUGGCCUUCGCCAAGAGCCUGCGGCAGAGGCGGGCCCAGGCUCGCUAUGCGGGCCCGCCGCCCACCGUGGCUGAGCUGGUGGAGGCUCACACCAACUUUGGCUUCCAGCCUGAUGUGGCCAGGCCUGGCCCCGACCCCGGGACCUACCCUGAUGAGCAGACCCUGCCCAUCCCGGGCACCCCACCUCCCAACUAUGACUCCCUCCGUCUGCAGCCGCUGGACGUCAUCGAGUCUGACAGUGAGGGCGAUGCCAUCUAGACCUGGGGAGCCCAGAACUCAGACCCAAGAAGCCGGAUUCAUGGCCUCGGGCUUCACUUCGGGGUGCAAUCUCCAAAGGGCCAGGAUGAUGGGAAUCCGAGGCCACAGUCUAUGUGUAUCCCUCUCCAGAGAGACCAGCAGCUCCUGGCCAGUCCCAGGCCAAGGGCUCUGUAGGGUCACGGUGCCGGUAUGGAUGUGGGUAAAGUGUACUCAUUUGGUUCCUGCCCACACCCCCAACCUGACCUGAUCCUUGGCUGGGACAUCCCCAGCUUGGCUCCGGAAAGCCUGGAACACUGUGCCCCACAAACAGGCUAGUUUUUCCCAGUGCCAGUCACCGUCUGCUCUCGAGACAAAGAGCCAGGCAUGCUGUGCUGUCUGUCCUCAGAACCUUUCCAUCCUGGCCUUGGCAGGCCUCUGCCAAUGGGUUUAGUGAAGGCAGCAACUGUGGAGAGCAGGAAGAGCAUCAGGCCCAGGGGCGGGGUUGGGGGACCUGCUGCCAGGUCCUAGAAAAUAAAAGUUCUAGAAAAUAAAAGUAGAACACACAGAG